AUGUCGUGUCGUCCUUCUCCAAACGGGACGAUUCGCAUAUGUGAAGAUGACUACGCAAAAGCCCUAGUCAACAUUCGGACCGUCAUCAAUGUUUUCAACUAUCUCAACGAAGCAACAAGAGUUCAGCCGGCCUUGACCACUGUUUCAAACGACAUCCGAGCGGAGCUGAAACGCGCAGACGAUGCUUGGGUCGCAGACGGUAACCCUUCGACACAGAUUUCCCAGUACUGGAGCAAAUGGAUACGAGGUCACUAUCGCUAUCUGAGUUUCCGCCCUUACCCGAUAUAUCAUCCCUGUCAUAUAAAAUUCCGGGGCUCCCUAGUUACUCAGUAG